AUGGGUAACUACUCGAAAGCACUUGAAUUUUACGAAAAAGCACUUAGAAUAAGAGAUAAAGCUCUGCCUCCGAAUCAUCCCGAUUUUGCUCAAUCCUACAACAACAUCGGUUUGGUGUAUGCCAACAUGGGUAACUACUCAAAAGCACUUUCUUUUCUGGAAAAGGCACUUGCUAUAGCACAAAAAUCACUUCCACCAACACAUCCUCAGAUUAAGAUGAUGACAGAUAACAUUAACCAUAUGAUGAUCAUAUCAGUAUUUCUAAUUAUAUUUAUCUUUAUUAAUCCUGUUGAUAAUACUCAUUUUCGUGGUGGAAUGAUCAGUUGGCGACGAGCAACUGAUGAAAAAUCUGUACUAAAUACAAAGAAAACAAUUAUUAUUGAUCAACGAUAUGCAUGGUCGAAAAGUGCUGCAGCAAGUGCAUGUACAAGUUCAACAAUUUCAUCAUUUGGAUUGAUUGGAGAAAAUACUAUAUCUGUUCUUAAAUGUCAAUCAUCAUUAGCUACAUGUACAAGUGCACAAUAUACAGCUAAUAUUUCUACUUAUGUUCCAUGUACUGAUUAUAAUACAGCUUUAGGAAUGUCUUUUGGUUAUAGUUCAACAACUGUAAAUCUUACUGUUAUAUCAACAGGUAUUGUGGUUGGCUAUGUUGUCAGUGGUGCAUGGCUUUCAUUACAAUUAAGCAGUGGUGGUUGGAGUAUGAUGACAUACAUAAAUAUGAAACCACGUCUAGAUAAUGAAUUAAUUAAUAGUUCACCAACAUCAAGUAUAUCACCGAUAGUUUAUGUACCUGCUAGUUCUAAUAUAUCAACUUCAAUUGAUAUACCAAUGGAUGAUAUUGAUGGAGAUAAUAUUGAAUGUCGUUUUGCAAAAGCUUCAAAUAUAUUAGGUGGAGUUACUGUUGAUGAAUGUAAUGAUGUUUGUAAAUCAUUAGCAUUACCUGCAUCGACACAAUUAAUAUCAGGCAAUAAUACAUGUACACUUAUGGUUACUCUACCUUCAAUUGGUUACUAUGCAGUAGCAAUUCAAUUAGAAGAUUUUAUUGAAAAUAUAACAACACCUCUUAGUUCUGUUCCAUUACAAUUUCUUCUUCUUGCAUAUGAUGCAUCAAAUCCAACAUCGACUUGUACAAGUAUACCUGUUAUAACAAGUAUUCCACCAGAUUUACCAUUACCGGGUGAUACAGUUACUGUUCAAGUAACUGUUCUUUAUACAGCAAUGGUUAUUGCACAAAGUGGUUGUCAAAAUGAUACAGAUACAAGUAUUACAAAUUUUAUAACAUCAAGUCCACCUGGAAUGUUAAAAUCAAAUCUUCCAUAUACUGUAACAUCAACAUCUUAUGCAAUUAGUCUUACAUGGACACCAGCAAUGAGUCAAUUAGGUCAAACAUAUACAUUUUGUGCCGUAGCUAUUGAUAGUAAUUAUUAUUCAUCAGAUCAAUAUUGUUUCAAUUUAUUUGUUGGUCCUAAAACAACAACAACAACAACAACAUCAACAACAACAUCAACAACAUCAUCAUCAACAUCAACAACUUCAACAACAACAACAACAUCAACUUCAACAUCAUCAACUUCAACAACAUCAACAACAACCACAUCAAUUACAACAACAACAUCGACAUCAACAACAUCUAUCAUAACAACUGAAGCACCAUAUAAUUGUAUUCCAUUACUGAUCGGAUUAGGUCUUGGACUUGGAUUACCAUUAUUAUUCUUAGUAAGCUUUCUAGCAUUAUGUUAUCUGUUUCGAUGGUGUCCUGGUCCUGUACGAUCGAUUCUUCAAUAUCGUUAUGGUCAUCAAGAAGACAUGCAUUGUAAAUACUGUCAACGAUCACUUCUUGAUGAUGAUUCUCAAAAAAUAAAUGAAGGAAAAUCGAUAAUAUCUGAAGAUACACGUCGAUAUCGACAACAAUAUUUGAAUACUGAUGAUAAUCCAUCACCAACAAACUCAUAUUUAGAACGUGAAUAUGUUUCAUUACGUAAUUUUUCGAAUUCUGAUUCAAGAUCAAUUUUAUCUGCUCCAACAAUAACAAGAAUAACUUCAGUAGUCUCGCCUUCAAUAAAUACUCUUCCUACGGAAAAUUUUUCACGUAUCCUAUCACCAUCAUCUCAUUCACAACCACGACAUUCUAUUUCUAUUCUAUCACGACUUUAUUCGAAACAAAUCCAACCAAUAUAA